AGUAGGGAUUAGCUUGAAAAUUGAAAUGAAGGAAGAAAAAUGGUGAAUGCACUCACUCACAGUCAGAGUCAGUUUGUGUUGGUGCUAUUGAACUCCAAUUGCAGAGGGAGCAAGAGUAGUAGCAACACCGUCUUCCGAAAACCCUUUGCGAAAUUUUCAUCCCUCACCACUAAAAUUUGCCACGCCUCUUACCACCGUUUCGCUGACAAAAAGCACACAACCCUUCUGGUUGAGACUUACCAUCUCCAUCACAGCCUCAGAGCCUUACUUGCAAAGCUUGAGAACGAAUAUUCCAACCCUCUUCACAUGCUCGCAGAAGACGCUGAUUGGUCCAAAGACCAUUUUUGGGCUGUUGUCAGGUUCCUUAAAAGUUCCUCAAACUUCACCCAUAUCCUUCAGGUGUUUGAUAUGUGGAAGAACAUUGAGAAAUCACGGAUUAGUGAGUUCAACUAUAACAAGAUCAUAGGCUUGUUAUGUGAAGGAGGAAAGAUGGAAGAUGCAUUAUCUGCAUUGCAAGAUAUGAAAGUUCAAGGUAUCAAGCCUUCUUUGGACACUUACAAUCCAAUCAUUCAUGGAUUAUCCAGAGAAGGUAAGUUCAGUGAUGCUUUACGUUUUAUUGAUGAGAUGAAAGAAUCUGGCUUAGAGCUGGAUUCUGAAACCUAUGAUGGUUUGAUUGGAGCCUAUGGGAAAUUUCAAAUGUAUGAUGAGAUGGGUGAGUGUGUGAAGAAGAUGGAGUUGGAAGGAUGUUCUCCUGAUCCUAUCACUUACAAUAUACUUAUCCAAGAGUAUGCUGGUGGCGGGCUACUCCAGAGAAUGGAAAAGCUUUAUCAAAGAAUGCUUUCAAAAAGAAUGCAUGUCAAAUCUUCUACUCUAGUUGCAAUGCUGGAGGCUUAUACCACAUUUGGGAUGGUUGAAAAGAUGGAAAAAUUUUAUAGAAAAAUCUUGAACUCAAAAACAUGUAUAGAGGAUGAUUUGAUUAGAAAAGUGGCUGAAGUAUAUAUCAAUAACUUCAUGUUUUCUAGAUUAGAGGACCUGGCACUAGAUUUAUGUCCAGCUUUUGGUGAGAGCAACCUCGAAUGGUGUUUCCGGCUUCUUUCUUAUGCAUGUCUUUUGAGUAAAAAAGGUAUGGAUAUAGUUGUUCAAGAAAUGCAAGAUGCCAAGGUUAGUUGGAAUGUUACUGUUGCAAAUAUUAUCAUGUUGGCUUAUGUGAAGAUGAAAGAAUUCAGGCAUUUGAGAAUUUUGCUAUCUCAGUUGCCAAUCUACCGGGUGCAGCCUGAUAUAAUCACUAUUGGAAUUCUAUUUGAUGCAACUAGAAUUGGUUUUGAUGGUAGUGGAGCUUUAGAAACAUGGAGGAGAAUGGGCUAUCUAUAUAGAGUAGUAGAAAUGAAAACAGAUUCUCUGGUCCUUACUGCAUUUGGGAAAGGCCAUUUUCUUAAAAGCUGUGAAGAAGUGUACUCCUCCCUUCACCCUGAGGACAGAAAAAGGAAAACAUGCACUUACCAUGAUCUCAUUCCUUUAUUGUCAAAACAUACUGGUACCAUCGACUGUAUAAAAACCUAGACAGUUAACCAAUCUUUGCUUUUAUGAAAGUAAAAAAAAAAUUGUAAAAAAAUUGGCAUCUUACUUCCCAGUUUCCAUUACAGUUGGGAUUGGGAUGAUGUAAAAAAAAAAAUUAAAAUUCUAUUUGGCAGAGUGAAGACACUUUCAAUUUUGAAAUGAGUUUAGUUUAUAGACGAUGUCUAGGGUGGUCCAAUAGGAUAACUGGAUCAUGAUGGUCAAAACAAUAAGGAUCGUUAUAUUUAUUAUUAAAUUAUUGAAGGGUUGAGAUGAGUUACUGGUAACCUGUCUUAUCAGUUAUUUUUAAUAGAAUUUAUUUACAAGACAAAAAUGUAAUUUUCAUGAUUAUUCCUUUAAGGUUUAGGGUUAAUGUCUUUGAUGUGCUGAUGGGUGGUGGUCAUCAACAUAUGCGGUGGAGAUGGAAGGAGGCUACGGAGGCAAUUGGAGGUUGAAGAAAUCGGCGACACCUUUAAUCGCUGCCACCCACAUAGUUUGCCACCACCGGGGAUGACCAUCACCACUACACCAGCCCUCCACCGCACAAUGACUUAACCAGAUUCAUGGCCUUUUGCUUGCAUAGGUCCUCAACGAUGUCGAUUUUACAGAUUCCAUGGCUCUGAUUUAGGUUCUUUUUUUGUUUUUAAUUUUUGGAUGAAAUGAACCACGAGAAAUUUUGUAAUAUGUAUUCUAAUGUGCAUGUGAUUUUGGAUUGACAUGAGAACCUGUGUAUUGUAGGUGGGAGGAAAGAGUAUUUGGCCAUUAAUGAACUUUGUUAAUUUUCUGUUCGAGGUGAACUUUGUUUGAAUCAUUGUUGGGAUAAAUGGAAAGCAUUGUUA